CGGUGAGAAGUUAGUUUUGCUUUGUAGUUAGUUAUAUCUACUUCCAUCUCGUAACCAAAUUAAUCGAAUCAUGAAAUUGAUCACUAUACUUUUGGCUACAGUAGCUGUCGCUUGUGCCAUGCCCAACAGAGGAGGUGGCGAAUCUAAUGCCAACGCUGCCGCACAGGCUAACGCUGGAGGCGGUGGAGGUGGUGGGCUAGGUGGAGGUCAUCACGGGCGCGGCGGUGGUCACCACGGCGGCGCAGGAUUUGGAGGUCCAGGUGGUCACGGUGGUCCAGGUGGUCACGGUGGUCAGGGUGGUUAUGGCGGCCAGGGUGGUUUUGGAGGUGGCUUUGGUGGUCAAGGUGGUUAUGGCGGUCAGGGUGGUUUCGGCGGUCAGGGUGGUUAUGGUGGGCAAGGUGGUUUUGGAGGCGGCUUCGGUGGAUCCAGUUCAUCUGCUUCGGCCUCUUCUAGCUCGAGUUCGUCCAGUUAUGGAGGUGUAUCCAACGCUAAAGCAGAAUCUUCUGCAACAUCUUCAGGACUUGCUAGUGCAAACGGUGGUGGUCAUGCCAGCGCUUACAAUUAAGUAAAUAAAUCGAUAAUUGUCUUAACAUAACUAAAACGCACUCACCCAUACUGCCCGACUUUUUCAAAGCUUAUGUGAUUUAUGAACAACAAUGUGAAAAAAAUAAAAACAAGAAUAUACAUAUAAAUAUUUGUGUUCAACAUUUGAGAAAACA